GCGCGUAGUUCGGCUUGCAAAAGACUGGUGGACACCAACCUGGAUCAUCAAACUUGACGUGAAGAAGGCGUUCGACAGUGUGUCCCAGGAGGACAGGGUGGCACAGCGGCACAGCGGGGGCCCGUGGGAGGCAAGAGCUUGGCUCUCCCUGCUGGAGGCACGGGGGCUUAACCUGGCCAUAGGGGGAGCAUUUAUGGAUGACACGUAUCUCUGGAGUCUCUGGGGGUACGACAAAGCGCAUCUGCAGUGUGCCCUAGCAAGCCUCGAACGCAGACUGAGAGCUCAUGGCCUGGUGAUCAAUCCCUCCAAAACAGCAGUGAUCUUCAGCCAAGAGGAGGGGGGGGGCAGCUUCACCAUCGGGGGGGAACAGGUCCACUGCCUCCCAUUUGGCACCGUGAUUACGGCUUUGGGCUCGCCCAUCACCUUUGGGGAAUCCGUGGCUGCAAUAGUCACUGAGAUGAACCAUCGGGCCCGGAAGGCGUUCCACAAAAACAGCCGGUUGCUGUGCGCACCCACGCCACUCAAGCGGAGAACCACCCUGCACCAGGGGCUGGUGAGGGGGGCUGCCUUGUGGGGGGGACAAGCAUGGCCCAUUACAGAUGCCAUCCUACGUGCCAUCAACAGCACACAGCUGCAGCAGAUCCGCAGGGGGGCUAGAGUUGCACUUCAGCAAAGCAAAGUCUUACGGUGGAGCACCUUCCAACUGCAGCACACCUGGGAGCUUUACGGGGACAUGGCGCGCUCUAAGCAUGGGGGGAGGGACAUGCUGUUGUGGCGUAACUUGCAGUGGUGGGAAGCAGAGAAGAACAAGCCGAAGAGGCAACGAGCCACGCGCGCGCACAGGUACAACGCUUUUGUCGACCCAGAGCGACAGCUCGUGCACAUCGCAACUCUCGAGUGGAUGCAAGUCGCGCAAGACAGACAGAGGUGGGCAACACUCGCAGCAGCCUUCGUACAACAGUACGACGUACCAUGGGCCACAGGACACAGACGCAGCCGCACGGCGACAGAGGCAGCAGCGACACAGCAGCCCGACAGAACACUCCGCGGCACCAUCAACGUGCUCAACAUCCACCCGGGAAGGGGGGCCAACCCUCUUACAGCCCCGCCAGAGCUGCCCAUCGCACCGGGGGUCACACUUCACAUGCGAGCACUGCCCUUCGGAGUGUGGGCCGGCAUCACCAUGCCCGACAGAGCAACCCACGGCCCAGACUACGGACCGCAACCGGCACGCAGCUACGCACGAGCCAGGCAGCACAUCCAACCUACCCAGCCGCUGCCCAACGCCUACAUCGGGGUCCACACGGCUUUCACGCUUCUGCCUUGGGGGGACCUUGUGGCGGGGGCACCAGACCGUUGGCUCAUGGUCAUAACAGCAGUUGGGCGGCAUGUCGAUACAGACGGAGCAGAACUGCACCCAGGGGAAGCCUACCUCCUUUCAUGGGACACAGCAGCGGCAAGAUGGCAGCCCAGCAGCCUGCCCCGCAAAGUGGCACAUCAAUACUACUACGACUGGGGGAGGCAGCAAGGCACCCACCCCAUCCAACAACCAUACCCACCGGGGGAAACAUACCCUCUCGGCCAGUGGGAGCAGAUGGCCAUGAACUUUAUUCCGAACCCAGCCAACACACACCGUUUCGAUGCCAGAGGGGGGGGACCUGACCACCCGUCCUUCAUGCAGCGCCGUGACAUAGCCAGCACUCAGCUAGAUAGUCAAGUAGGACAAGCAAGCCAUGGAGAGGGGCGACCUGUGCAAGCCCUUCCGCAAGAAGUGGCGCAGAUGCUGCGCUGGCUCCGAGAGCUAGCGGCUUGGGGGGAGGAGAGGCAGAUGCCCAUGCCACUCCGCUACGAGCUGGAAAGUGCCAUUGCAGUCUUCGAAGAUGGCCUCCAGAAAGACAACUCGGUCCGUGCAGCAAGACUGCGACUCCUGGACCUGUGGCACGAAGAGGACGAGGUCAAUGGCUUCAACCAGCACCAGCUCUACGAGGACCUCAGAGUGGCACUGCAGCUGCUCCGUGAGGGGAACAGCCACUUUCACCAAGCAACUGCAGGGCAGGGGGGCAACCUGCUCAGACAUGGAACAGUGGGGCUUCAACAAGCAAUCGCGGCGGUGCAAGAGGCGCAGGCAUUAACAAUGGAAGGCGACUUAGACUGGUGCUCGGGCAGUUGGGGAGCGGCUGUCGGGGUGCUCUUGGAAGAUGCGGAGCAGGCCGUGGACGAGGCAGUGGAAACCAACUACGUCCACUGCUCGGACGUGCUGGCGCUCUACAGCGGGGGGGACGAAGCGCCACAGCGUCCCCAGGACCACCAGGCCCGCUUGGAAGCCAUCCUGGGGGACAUCAGACGUUCCUUGGGGUUUCUUACGGCCAGACAGCACGCUCAAGUUCUCAACAUCCUGGCUAUGAUGGCGAUGUGGCAAACGCAGCAGGGGGCCGACUUGGUGGACACCCAAACCACGGACGAGGGGGACGAGAAGAACCAGCUGGCAGAGAGGGCGAGAAGCAGCUGGCAACCGCCACUGGGAGCUGAACACUGGCUGGGCAGUCUUCCAAGUUCGGGGGACAACGGACGAGACGAAAGAAGUACCGAAGACGAAGGGGGGCCAACAGAUGCCGACCUCAUCAAUGCCAUGGAGGAGUACGAACGACGACAAGCAGAAGAGGCAGCAGAGCAAGCGGAGAGGGAAGCAACUUCACUUUUCACCUGGCGCCGCACUGAAGGGGGAACGAGCAGCCACCGUAGGCGUAGGAUGCACUCGGUCUUUGAAGGGGCGCCGUGA